GCAACCUCUCCAACAUGAGCGCGGCUGGAGUUGCGCUUCUGGCGCGCUGCGCCCUCUUUGGGGUCCUUGGGUGCGCCCGGGGGGUCUCCUCCGCGCCCGGAGAGGACAAGGCGGCGGCGGCGGCGGCGGCGGCGGCGGGGAGGGAGGGGGCCCCAGCCGGGCAGCCGCCGCCGCCACCGCCAGAGCUCCCCACCGUGGUGCUAGCCAUCCUGGCCCGCAACGCCCAGCACUCCCUGCCUUAUUACCUGGGGGCCCUGGAGCGCCUGGAUUACCCCAAAGAGCGCAUCUCCAUCUGGUGUGCGACGGAUCACAAUGUGGACAACACGACAGAAAUACUCCGGGAAUGGCUCACUGCAGUGGAGAGACACUACCGACGCAUUGAGUGGCAGGCAGAGGAUGAGGCCAGCUCUUACGCUGACGAACUUGGGCCCAAGCAUUGGAGUAAUGAGCGCUUUGAGCAUGUCAUGAGGCUGAAACAGGGAGCUCUGAAUUUUGCCCGGGCUGAGAGGGCUGAUUAUAUCUUGUUCACCGACACGGAUAGCAUCCUGACCAACAACCAGACGCUGAAGUUCCUCAUGGCGCAAAACAAAUCUGUUAUUGCCCCCAUGUUGGAUUCCCAAACGUACUACUCCAACUUCUGGUGUGGGAUCACUCCUCAGGGUUAUUAUCGCAGGACGGCGGACUAUUUUCCCACCAAGAACCGACAGCGUGUUGGAUGCUUCCCGGUCCCGAUGGUCUACGCUGCCUUCUUGAUCAACCUCCGGAAGGGCGAGACGGCUAAAGUGGCCUUUUACCCUCCCCAUCCCAGCUAUACCUGGCCAUUUGAUGACAUCAUUGUCUUCGCCUAUUCCUGUCAAGUCGCAGGAGUCCAGAUAUACUUGAAUAACCAGGAGCACUUUGGCUACAUCAAUGUCCCUGUGAAGUCGCAUCAGACACUGGAGGAUGAAAGCAUCAACUUUGUGCACCUUAUUCUGGAGGCCAUGGUGGACGGCCCCCCUAUGGCCCCCUCGAAGCAUGUUUACCUCCCCCCCAAGCGCCUGAGCAAAAUCGGGUUUGAUGAGAUUUUCCUCAUCAACUUGGCACGGCGUCCGGACCGGCGGCACCUCAUGCUGAAUGCCCUCUCUGAGCUGGAGAUGGAGCCCCUGCUGGUAAAUGCUGUGGAUGGAAGCGCCUUGAACAGCAGCGAUAUCAAGAAAUUGGGCGUGGACCUGCUUCCCGGAUAUUACGAUCCCUUCUCAGGCAGGACGCUUACGAAGGGAGAGGUUGGCUGCUUUCUGAGCCACCAUUAUGUAUGGAAAGAGAUUGUGGAGCGAGGGCUGGACAAGUCAGUAGUGCUGGAGGACGACGUUCGCUUUCAACCGUAUUUCAAAAAGCGGCUGCUGAGGCUGAUGAGUGACCUGGAGCAGGCCCAGCUGGACUGGGACUUGAUUUACCUGGGCAGGAAACAAGUGAACUCUGAGGAUGAGGAGCCCGUGGAGGACGUGCGGAAUCUCGUGGUGGCAGAGUAUUCCUACUGGACUUUGGCCUAUGUCAUCUCGCGGAGGGGGGCUCAGAAACUGAUCGAUGCUCAGCCGCUUUCCAAAAUCCUACCGGUGGAUGAAUUUCUGCCCAUCAUGUAUGACAAGCAUCCCAAUUGGGAUUACAAAAAGUAUUUCCCCACCCGGGACUUGCAGGUUUAUUCUGUGGACCCUCUGCUGGCCUACCCCACUCACUACAUGGGGGAGGAGAAGUGGCUGAGUGACACGGAGACCUCCACCAUCUGGGACGACGACUCCCACAAGACUGAAUGGAGUGGCUCGCAGAAGACGCUGAAAGAUGCCCGCACCAUCGGCAGCGGCAUGACUGGCCACUCCUUCCGCUCGGCCUCCAGGGAUGAGCUAUAAUAUCUGCUGAAGUCAUCCCUCUGUUCCACAGAUGUGAAGGAGGCAAAAAUU